AGUUAGCACUAAACUGUGUCGACAGCUGUCAAAACGACUUGUCACACACUGUAUUAUGUAAAGAACUUUUUGAACCCAGAUUAGGGCACAUUGAGAAUGGGUUCUUUGAUUCGAAUUAGCUUCGGCAGGUUGUCCGGAACCUGUAAAUUAUUAAACCGGAAGAACAUCGAAUUUGUUGGAUUGCGAUGCAUUUCCGGCAAGACGAUUAAACUGAAGGACCCUUCGAUUGUCAGGCCAGCCCCAUGGGACUACAAGGAGAGAAGAUACACCUGGUUCCAUAGUUUGUAUGAUAAAACCACCUCCAGGUUCGAUGAAAACUCUAAGAUUGUCAUUGUCGAAGGGCCUGUUGCUGCUGGCAAAACGAAAUUUGCCAAAACCUUGGCUGAUGAGUUGGAUAUGCUUUACAUGCCAGAAGCUAAUCUGGAUAUGAAUUACAUCAACAACUACGGUUAUGAUUUGCGUAAACUUGAUGAGCAGGUACCAGAAUCCUGCAGAAGCUUCGAUGUGAACAACUUCUUGUUGAAUCCUCAAAAUAGACUCACUGCCAACUUCCAAAUGGAACAAUAUAUUGUAAAAUUCUCUCAAUAUAUUGAUGCUUUGGCUCAUCUUCUGAGCACUGGACAAGGUGUUGUAUUGGACAGAAGUGUUUAUUCUGACUUUGUCUUCAUGGAAGCUAUGUGCAAAAAUGGAUAUGUUUCCAAACCAGCAAGAUCCGCGUAUUACGAAUUGCGUCAGAACACCAUUGAAGAAUUAAUGAGACCGCAUUUGGUCAUUUACUUGGAUGUUCCUGUACCCAAAGUACUUGAAAAUAUCAAGGAACGCAGCAUCAGCUAUGAAGUCAACUCCAAAGUCUUAACGCCAGAAUAUUUAAGCGAAAUGGAAACGAAUUACAAACAGAAGUACUUGAAGGAAAUCAGCAAGCACGCUGAAUUGUUGGUCUACGACUGGUCCGAGGGUGGUGAUCCAGAGGUCGUUGUCGAAGAUAUUGAGAGAAUCGACUUCGCCGCCACGGAUAAUCCGCUAAUGAAAAUGAAGGAUUGGGAUUUCCGUCUCGAAGAGGAAUGGGCCUGUGCGAGAAACAGAUACGCAGACGACAAGAAUAACAUUAUGAUGAUGGUCAAUAUUCCAAGAUUCGAUGUGCCUGAAUUUGUGAUCAGUCAUGACGACUAUAAAGCAUACGUGGAUGCUCUGAAGCAGGCACCCGGCGAAAAAUACCAAUUGGGUUAUAAUACGGAUUUAGGAGAUACAGGUCUUCUUUUCAAGAGCAAACUACAAAAAAGAGUCACCUUACCUCUCAGGGAGAGAAGGUGUCCUGACGCAUAUUAAUUAUUUUCAGAAAUAAAUAAAUUUGUAUUAUAAAUAAAACACUCUUAAUCUUAAAA